AUGUCAUUUUUAAGUAGUUUAAUUUUUUUCUUCAUCCCAGAUAGUAGUUUUUUCUUCAUCCCAGAUAGUAGUGAUUCGUCAUCCCAGAUAGUAUCCCCAUAUGACCAAGAUCAUUAUUACAGCGUUUUGAGACUUUACUGCUAUGUCAAUAUGAGUUUGUUAUCAGAAAAGAAACAGUUACACAUGUACAAAAAUAUAAUAUAUAUAUCUUCUUCACUUUAUGUGUUUCAUUUAUUUAUUGAUAUCACUACAAUUUUUUCAUUCCAUAUAAAUCAUAUAAUAGUAGAUUACUCAAACAUAUAUAUAAAAGAAAAGGUUUCUUGUGUCAAUUUUAAUUAUGUCAACUUUAGGAUACAUCACCUGCAAAAGGUGAUUUAUGAUUCAAUAUAUAUUAAUAAUGUUUUUGUGACAUACGUUACCUGGAUUUUUAAAUACGAUGUUUGGAUCCCAUCAUAUUUAAUACAAAAUCUUUUUAGAAAAGAUAUGUAA